AUGGUGCACACAGAAGCACGAAAUGCCUGCGUGACCCGGAAGUCCUUGGCCUCAGAGGAAAGAGAUCCUGCUGCUCGAGGGCAGACAUGUCAGGGCUGCGAGGGCCCACAGGAGCUGCCCAUCGGCGAGGGCUCGGAGGUGAGUCCGUCCUGGAACCUGCUGGACGAUGCCAUUCCCGUGGACACCAACACUACCCACCCGAGCGGUGCCUCCACGUCUCCCGUGAACACCCUCACAGACCCACCCGAGGGUGCCUCCACGUCUCCCCCGACGCCCUCACAGACCCUCCCGAGGGCUGCCUCCACGUCUCCCCCGACGCCCUCACAGACCCUCCCGAGGGCUGCCUCCACGUCUCCCGUGAACGCCCUCACAGACCCUCCCGAGGGUGCCUCCACGUCUCCCGUGAACGCCCUCACAGACCCUCCCGAGGGUGCCUCCACGUCUCCCGUGAACACCCUCACAGACCCACCCGAGGGUGCCUCCACGUCUCCCACGGGAGACCCCCACGCAGGUGGGUCCCGCAAGUGGCCCGGCGCCGGCCCCGGGGCUGCAGCUGCGCCCGCCUCGAGCACGCUGCGGGCACCCGGCGCCCCGCUGCCCGCGCGCCCCCCGCCCGCCUUGCCGCUGCCCGCGGUGGAAGGCGGCGCGCGCCUGCGCACUGGCGCGCUCGCGGCCCCGAGGGCUCUCCCGGGAGGCGGGAACGUGCGAAGGCGCGGGGCCGCACACCCUCCCGCCCGCCGCCGGCGCCGCACACCUCGCGCCCCGGGCGCCCCGGGCCGCCGGCCGCAGGGACGCAGACUAACAAAUCAAAACUGCGUCGUCUUGGUGCUGCGGGUCCCCGGCCUUGCGCCUACAAGUCGCAGCCGGGAGGACACCCUGGUUCCCAAAGUUUGCGCCGCGCGCCUCCGAGUUGGCCGAGCGGCGGCCGGGGUCUCCGACGCCCAGCGUGGCGGGGAGCGUCGCGUGACCGUGGCCAGGCGGCGGCCAGCGAGCGGGAGCCGCGCGACGCCCCACGUUCUGCCGACCCUCCGAACCGGGGAAGAAUCAGGCCGCCCGAGGCGCGCGCCCGCCCUCGGUGCCGUCCUACCGCGGCGCGCCGCCGGCGGGGUCCGCGUGCAGGAGUCCCUCGGAAACCGCGCGGAUGUGGGCCACGGGGUCAGUGCGCGCGAGGGCACCGGGGCUGGGCGCGCUGCUGCAGUGGUCAUUGCCGAGGACGAGCUCCGGGAUGCGGCUGCGGUUCCUCGCGGGGCCCCGCGCCGGGAGCGCAGGUUUCUCGGCAGCGCGGGCGCGUGCGGGCGCUCGCCGCCCGGGCCGCGUGUCGGAUGCCCUGCUCCGCCCGAUUUCUACAGGCGCACACCCCCAAACCGGACCUUGCCACCUACGCACGGCGCGGAGGAGUCCUCGGGGUACCCCGUGUGCCAGGGCGACAUGCUCCCAGUUGUUCGCCUCCGAGGGCAGGUUCCUGGGUACCAGGCGCCUGGCGUCCCCCUGGAGAGGGCGAGGGGCGGAGACUCGGCUCCCGAGGGAACCGGCGGCGCGCGGGGACGCCCUGGCAGCAGCCCGCAGGACGCCCGCGGAGGGGCCCGCAGCCACCGCCUGGGCGCUCCCUGGCCAGCGCUGCCCUCCGCCGCUCGCAGCCAAGCUGGGAGGGUGGGGGCGGCCCUCCCGGGCCCCUCCGCGGAGGCCGAGGUGGAGACGCUGCCCGGGGCCGUCCUCGGGGCGGGCCGCGCUCCGGUGGCCACAGCGCGCUGGGCCGCCCUGCCCGGGCGCUCGCUAGCGCGGGGCCGUCCUCUGGAUUCCUCGAAGCUAGGUCGGGCAGGCGCGCGCCGCGAGGCCGGGCGGCACGGAGGGCAGCGCCCCAGCGCCCGUGGCGCCCGCUCGGCCACCGGAGCGCUCGGCGAGGCGGGAGGCACGGCCAGCGGCCCCAGGUCUCCGGCGGGGCCGCGUGCGCUUCCCGUCGGCCGGGAGAGGCCGGAGCCGCCUUUGUCACUCGCCACGCCUCCGGACGGGCCGCGGACCCGGGGCUCCUGCGGCCGCUGGGGCAGCAGGGUGCGCCGGCUGGAACGCGCGUCCGACGGGCACGCCUGGCUCCGGCGCUGGAAGCGCGGGGCGCGCGGCGGGGCUCGGACCCGGGCAGGCGGGGCGCGCGGCAGCCCGAGCUCUGCCUCCAGCCCCGGCUGA